CGGCCGCAGCCACCCUCCCUCCCACCCUCACCGCCACCAUGUCGGGCGCCCGGGCGUCCAACGACCGCACCAGCCACCCCGGCGGCGGCGGUGGGCUGAAGCGGGCGCGCAGCGAGCCGGGCGGUAACAAAGUGACCGUGGUGCUGGGGGCGCAGUGGGGGGACGAAGGCAAGGGCAAGGUGGUCGACCUGCUGGCCACCGAGUCGGACAUCGUGUGCCGGUGCCAGGGUGGGAAUAAUGCAGGCCAUACUGUGGUUGUUGAUGGGAAAGAAUAUGAUUUUCACCUAUUUCCUAGUGGCAUAAUUAAUCCAAAGGCAAUUUCUUUUAUAGGUAAUGGAGUGGUUAUACAUUUACCAGGCUUGUUUGAAGAAGCUGAAAAGAAUGAAAAGAAAGGUUUAAAAGACUGGGAGAAAAGACUUAUUAUAUCAGAUAGAGCACAUAUAGUGUUUGACUUUCACCAGGCAGUAGAUGGGCUCCAGGAAGUACAACGUCAAGCACAAGAAGGAAAAAAUAUUGGCACAACAAAGAAAGGGAUUGGACCAACGUACUCUUCCAAAGCUGCACGAACAGGUCUUCGAAUUUGUGACCUCCUUUCCGACUUUGAUGAAUUUUCUUCAAGAUUCAAAAAUCUGGCACAACAAUAUAAGUCAAUGUUUCCCACACUGGAAGUAGAUAUAGAAGGACAACUGAAGAAGCUAAAGGGGUAUGCUGAAAAAAUAAGACCCAUGGUUCGAGAUGGUGUCUAUUUUAUGUAUGAAGCUCUUCAUGGUUCCCCAAAGAAAAUUCUUGUUGAAGGAGCCAAUGCAGCAUUACUUGAUAUUGACUUUGGCACAUAUCCUUUCGUGACUUCAUCAAACUGCACCGUAGGCGGUGUGUGCACUGGACUUGGUGUUCCUCCCCAGCAUAUUGGUGACGUGUAUGGCGUGGUGAAGGCAUAUACUACGAGGGUGGGAAUUGGAGCCUUCCCCACUGAACAGAUUAAUGAAAUUGGAGAUCUUUUACAGUCCCGUGGCCAUGAGUGGGGAGUAACCACAGGCAGAAAAAGACGCUGUGGCUGGUUAGAUCUUGUCAUUUUGAAAUAUGCUCAUAUGAUCAACGGAUUCACAGCUUUGGCAUUAACAAAACUGGAUAUUCUUGAUGUCCUUGAUGAGAUUAAAAUUGGUGUUGCUUACAAAUUGGGUGGAAAAAGAAUUCCGUAUUUUCCAGCUAAUCAGGAGAUACUACAGAAGGUAGAAGUAGAGUAUGAAACAAUGCCUGGGUGGAAGACUGACACAACUGGUGCACGAAAAUGGGAGGACCUCCCACCCAAGGCCCAGAAUUACAUCCGAUGUGUGGAAAACCAUGUUGGAGUGCCAGUUAAAUGGGUCGGAGUUGGAAAAUCAAGAGAGUCAAUGAUCCAGCUAUUUUAAACAAACGAAGAACCUCAGUGAUGAGAAGCACAAUUUAGUGUUCAUCUGUUCCUUACUGCUUCCUCUUUAAAUGGAGAUGCUAUUUAAAACCAACAUCUUCUUCUAGGAAUUGAAUAGAAAGAAAACAUAUAUUCUGUAUUGUAACAUUUUAUUUAUCUUGAAGUUCUCAGUAAAUUCAGUGUAAAAUCUACUUAGUGGCCACCAUCAAAAACUCAAAAAUGUGUUACAGAUUUAUAACAAAAUAAGGAAAAAUGAUUUUUUUAAAUUUCAGCAAUGUUACUGUUUGAAGGUGUUUUACAUCCUUAUAGAGUUACUUCUUCAUGCUGAAACCAGUAUUAAAACAUAUUCCAAUCAUUACUGGGUUACUGUAGAAUUGUAAAGCUUAGAUUAUUCUUCAAGUAUUAAAAUGUCUGUGGUUUGGAUUGGCAGUAAAAAGACAGAUACCAUAUACUGAAUUGGUUCGAUUAUACAGAUCUUCAGUUCCUAAAGGACAGUACAGUUAGGUAGAUAUAUCCACACAGUGCGAAGCAAUUAUCACAAUUAUCCAUAAGCCUGUGAAAUUUUUAAUAACCCACUAAAACAAAUGGAGAGAAACUAGAGAGCUGUAUCACAGAGUACAUUCUAGUAGUUGAGAUAACAUCUAUAGAUGGGCAAAACUGGAAAAACGUUGACCUAUUUAAUGAUUCUUUCAAAUAAUUCAUAUAUUAGCAGACAUUAUCAGUGGUGACUGUUGGACGUGCUGUCUUUAUGCAGUAGGGAAGAAGUGAAUGAAGGUGGAAGCGGAGAGAAUCCUCAGAUUACAAAAUAUAUAGGGAGAGUGGAGCCAAGACAGCAUGCUGUAUUUUCUCAGUGAACCUGAGACAUAUCUUUCUGCUAACUCUGUGAUUCUAAUUUCCAAAGUUUUACUGUGGGUAUCUGGUGAGGAGCUUGGGACUUGCAGCUCUGUAUGGCACACUCACUUCCACAGCUCCUAGAUUUCCAAUAAAUCAAUGCAUGACUUAUUGAUGACUGUUGCAGUAUUUACACCCUUUGCACAUUUUGACCUUCCUCAGCAAAAUGUAAUAACUGUUUAUAGAAGGGGAGAAUGUAUGGCAGCUAGGGCUGGAGCAGGGAGAAGCAACAAAGAAGUCCCCAGAAUUUCCAGGAAUACACUUGGUUUUCUUUGUGGAUCUUCAAAUUUGUAAUGGCUAUACUUCUAGAUCUCGCAAAAGGCCUGAGGCCUAAGUCUUGUAGAGGGAGAAGAAUAUACUAGAAACUGAGUUAUUCCAUAACUAUGGAAUUUUCAGAGUAAAUGUAUAAAUACACCAUGUAGUUAUAUCAUUUCCAGAUGCUGUGGAAAUGGCCUCACAACACUAGUAAUGCCAUCAUGUUUUAUGUGAAUAUAUCCCUUUUCUGAGAUAGUAACUCCAAGGAUACAAAAUGAGGACAUUAUUUGCAUCAGAGAUAGGGAAAAAUAAAAACCUAUCAAGGGACUUUCUAGCACAUAGAGUUUAUCUCAUGUGCACUCAUCCAUUUUGUCUUAGUUUGCUUAAUUAUCAAAUAAUUGUUAAUGUUCAAAAUCAUUUGUGUUAAGAAAAAAUUACAAAAGGACUGGUACAAGGACAUAGUAAGCAUUUAAUUUUAACCGCUUACAGAUGUAUUGCUGUUUGUAGUGCAGAAUUCUUCUUACCCCCUCUGGCUGCAGGGCAGUCUCUUCAUACCUCAGUUCACCACAGACUGUGGCGUUAUACCACGAUCAAAUAUACUUAUGCCUAAUAAAAAGAGCCCAAAGCUGUGAAUCUUGAACCCAGCUAUGACUUCUGUGAUCAUCUUGGAUAAGUCAUUUAACCUUCCUGCUACUGUUGUAUAAUCUGUUAAAUGGCGAUUAGGAAUACUUCCUUACCUUUUUUUUAUAUUGCUUUUUUAGACUGUGGGUUGGGUCCUGUAUUCCUUACUCUACACUGAUGAGGAGGUACUCCCCCCUGCGUAUUUAUGGGUGUUACAAUGAAAGAACAAUGCAAUUUCUGACCAUAUUUAAUGUUUGUAAAGCGCUCUUGAAAGGUGCUGAAAAAGUGCUUAAAUUUUACAAGCACUGUGAAGUGUACCUCAUUUAUAUGAGGUAAUUUAAGCAUAAAGAUGCUUGGAGAUAGACUAAUCAAGUUUUAAUUUCAGUAUGGCUCAACCCUAUGACAUUUGCCCACUGGAUGAUACAGACCUAUUCCUCUUCUUGGCCUCAUCUUCAUCAGUGCAUUUGUGUUAGGGGAUGGCCACUGUGUUUAAACUCUGGUUGAUUAUAGACUAUGUCCACAAUGACUAACAAGCCACUCAGUAUGCUGAAUAACUGGAUUAAAUGAUCAACUCUAAAUGAAGUGUUUGUCUAAAUGAAUUGAAAAUUUUAGUUCUCAUAGCUUAAUUUUCCCAGGGUUAUUUUCUCAUGUUCACUUAAUCUUUUAGUUUCCAUAAAGUAAGUUGCCUGUCUUUGCAUUCAAGGACUCUUCAAAAACCCAGUGUUGUUGUCAAUGGGUAUCAUACAAUAGACGAUUACCCUGUGACUGACUCUGUUACAGUAAAAAUAGUAUUGUGCAUUUCAUUUCAUAGCAUGCAUUUUUAAAAUUGAAAGUUCUCUGAUUUUUGUAUGUGUUAUCAUUGAGUUAAAUAUGAGUAAGUUCAGACUUUUAUUUUAAAGCUCUUUAGUCUACUGAGUGACACAACCCUUGAUAAGAACAUUUUUAAUGUAAAUUUGCAUUCAUUUUGACUGUUUCCCAUGUGGAUUAUUUAGUAUUGUUUGGAAUUUCAUUUUAAUAACAAUCACUGCAGUGAAUUUAAUUUCUUCUUUUUCCCCAGCUAAAUGCAACAGUAAUGACUAAAAUUGGUUGAUGCAUCAUCCUGUUAGAUAUCUUGAUGGAAGAAUAAGGAUGAAUAUCUGCUAGUAUACCAUAACUUGUUGUAAAGAUUAUAGUUUUUUAAAAGUAGAAAUUACUGAGUCAUUUAUGCACAUUAAGGUAUUUGAUGUAUUUUCUCACCUUUAUAAUGUGGCCUUCCUAUUCAGGUGUAUGCUUCACAUGCAGUAUAGGGUUUUGAAGCUUUUAUUUUUUAAUUUGGCUACAUAUGGUCUUACAGUUCUAACAUGAUGCACUUUAUAAAAUGAAAGAAAAGAAACUAAGCGUUUCUAUACUGAUAAACAAGCUAUACUUACACCUUUCCCUCUAUGCAGAUUUUUCAGACAAAUUUUGGAUCCACACUUGUUAUUCUGUCCUGAAAGACAUAUUAAAAUUAAUUUAAAAUAACAA